AUGACGCUGCAUUCAACUGGACUUCCCAUCAGCGAUGCCCCCAUCGACCGCGGAGCCAGCUCUGUUUCCCCACCCACAGACACCUACCAACUAUUCCUGGCCCUCUAUCACCGCGGCGAGUUUUCUCUCGGCGAGUACCGACUGCGUCUCGGCUUCUCCGCAUACCACUGGGCGAUCCUGGUAUUAGAUUCCAAGCACGACCGGUACCACGCCUACGACGUGACCGACGGAUCCUCUCCAGACCCGCUGAUCCGACGCGACCUCAACCCGGACUUCCAAUGGACCUACCGUGUCAAGAGCAACGUGCGUCCGGAGUCGUGCGACUCUCUUCUCAUCCGAAUGGCCAUCGGCGAAGUCAGCGAUGGAAUCGGUCCGGAGACUAUCAAGAUCCUCCUUCAGUCUGUUCAGCUGCCGAUUAAGGGUGCUUAUCCGCCCCAGAACUGCGUUAACUGGAUCAGGGCUGUUCUUCACAAGCUUCAUUUCCAUGGUUAUGCGAGAAGAUUGCAGGAUGUUGAGAUGACUAUUGAUCGGGCUCUUGCUUAUGCGGAUCUUCGUUUGUUGGAUCCUGUGAAUUCGGUCACCCUGGUUGAUCACCUUGGGAAUGAAAUCUUGCAGCCUUUUUGCAUGCAAUGA